ACAAUUCAACACUGGAGUCACCAACACAGUUCACUACAUUUGGUCGAGAAAUGUGCCACGUUUGAGUGUGAUGCAUGUAACAUGGUUACCGCGGAUUACUCUUAUAGGUGCGAUGAUAUUACGUGUCCAUUUUGGAUCCAUUAUGAGUGUGCUACUUUACCACGGGUUAAGUUAUUCGAAAUCCACCACAAGCAUCCGCUUCAGAUAUCAGAUUCUCUGCCUCAAGCUUAUCGGCAAUUUGCUUUUAAAUGCAAAAUCUGCAAAAGUUUAAUACAUACAGAUCAGUGGAUCUUCUAUUGUGCUAAUUGCAGGUUCUUCGCGCAUAUCCGGUGUGCUUUACAAACAACUCCAGUUUACAGACACAGAGCUUAUCAGAACCAACCAGAGUUGACGCACCUUCCGUCACCUGAUGUAUCAUCGAUGAACUUAAUGAUACAAAAAUUAUUAAAAGAUGUGAUUUCUCUGUCGAUGGAUAUACAUGUGGCACCACCUGAUCAUAUUAAUCACUGGGCUCAUGCACAACAUCCUCUGGCACUUAAAAACACAAAUGUUGCUGUCAUUGUUGAUGAUGAGUUGAAACAAGUAUCAGAAAGUUGCAGAUUAUGUAAUGGUUGUACAAAACCUAUCUCUUCCGGUGAUGAUGUAUUCUAUGAAUGCAAUGAAUGCAAUUAUUUUCUCCAUCGGUAUUGUGCACAGUUUCCUCAAGAGAUACAACAUCAACACUUAGGCAUGUUGAAGGGAUUUCAACCCAAUAUCUUUCCUGAUGGUAUACAACGUUGCGAGUCCUGUGGAGUUUUUAGCAACGGGUUCAUGUUUAUGUCAACAUCCGGUAAAUUGCUGGAUGUGCAAUGUGCGACUCUACCCCAAAAAUUUAUAUACGACGGAGAUAAUCGCCACCUCCUUGUACAAUAUGAUAUUUAUACACACAAUUAUAGUCCUUGUAAGGCAUGCGGCAACUCUUUAUCAGCUGGGGAUCUGGUGUAUAAAUGUGAAAAUUGUUUUACUCAUUUACAUUGGCGUUGCGCUCUAUGGCCGAGUACAAUCAGUGGCGGAACCAGGAUUAAUUUCGACCCCGGGCUAAACUAUUAUUAA